CACAACUUCUGACGAGACACCCUUGCGACAGACAUAAACAAGUGGACUUUCUCUUUAUCUUUGGAUUAUGGCAGCGUCAUCAUCUCUUGUUACCUUCCACAAACUCACCUGCAGUUUCUGUUUUGGUCCUUCCUCUGCUCCCGCUUACCUUACUUCCGGUCGAAGAAGGAGAUUUUGGUCUGUCUCUGCCCCUCAAACCAUGGCCGAUUUAGUCAAAACCCAUGCUUGGAGAGAUGGUGAAGAAGAACGGUUUCAGGCGCUCGAGCAAGAUGCUUUCAUUAAUAACCCGUCCAACGAUUUGGUCUCCGAUGGGAUCAACGCCGUAGCUAAUCGUCUGAGCAAAUGGGUUGUUGCUGGUUUAUUUGGAUCUGUUCUGCUUCUACGACAUGAUGGUGCAGCCUUGUGGGCUGUCAUUGGAUCCGUUUCCAAUUCAGCUCUCUCGGCAGCUCUCAAACGCAUACUUAACCAAGAGAGACCUGUUGCCACAUUGCGUUCUGAUCCUGGGAUGCCAUCUUCUCAUGCUCAGUCCAUUUCUUUCAUCUAUGUCUUUACCAUCUUCUCUGUUGUGGAGUGGCUUGGAACCAACGAACUCUCUCUGUUCCUUAGCGGACUCAUCCUCGCAUUGGCUUCUUACUUUAUAUGGUUAAGGGUGUCUCAGAAGCUUCACACGACCAGUCAAGUGGUGGUUGGUGCGAUCUUUGGUUCCGUUUACUCCACCUUAUGGUACAUAACUUGGAAUUCACUUGUUCUCGAAGCUUAUACCUCAUCAUUCUCUGUACAAGUAGCCGUCUUUGCUGUUGCUGCUGCAUCUGCUUUAGGCUUUACAGUUUAUGUGCUACUUAACUGGUUCAAAGAUGACAGAUGA